AUGGCGACCGCAGGGAGUUCAAGGGGAAGUAGUGGCGAGUUCGUGUUAAGCGAGGAGCUCUAUCAGGCUGGAGUCUCCGUGCAUGAGAGUAUGCGCUGGAUCCAGGUCCAGGAAGACAAGAUGGCUGAGAUCUCGGCGAUUCGCAAUAAUUUGCUUGGGUUGAAAUCGGACGCACUCGAGUUGUUUGAGAAGAUCUCCCGUCAGGCAAAUUCCGAGACCCAGAAGAGGCUCUGCGCGAUGCAGAAGACCCAUGGUGUGAAAUCGUUGGAGACCCAGAGCAAGAUUGGUGACGACGGUGAGAUGGAAACGAGGUGUGAGGAGUCGAAGCGAAGGAGUGCCGCGUCCCUGGAACUCGAGGAUCUGCUCCAUCGUGCCGCACUCCAAACCCAGAUGUGGAUAGGUGAAGGCGCAGAAAGUGAGGAGCUGCUCGAUCUGGCCGCAAAGGAGACCCAGGGGAGGAUCGUUGGCCAGGUUCACAGUCUGUCCUCCCUACCCAAAUUCGUCAGUGAGGUCAUGUUGAAAUUCGGACAAGUUGCCGGUGACAUUUCUAUGGUAUUAGAAGCGCAGCAGACCCGGAAGGAGGCACUAGCAGUGCUGAGCUUCGGCUUCAGGCUACAGUUGCUCUCCAAGCAGAUUGAUGAGUUGUGGCGUGAGAUGUGCACAUUACUGAGAUCUUUCUCGCCAGAAAACAAAGAUGUUAUGAAAACCAUGAUUAUGUUUACCCGUGAACCCUACCUACGUGGAAUCUGCAAAUUGCAAUUGAUCUCUGAACACAUCAGUAUGCUCCAGCAGAUGGACUCGGAUUUCGAUUCGAAAGUGAAAUCAAUGAUUGUAGAGUUGAAAUCGGAAUCUUUCUUGUCAGCCAUGGAGAAGUUGGAGGAGAGCCGCAGGGAAGGCUGUGGAGACCAAAAAGUUUCCAUGGAGACCAAGAAGUUGGAGGAGGAGAAGAGAUUCACUGCCUACCGACUCUACUGGGAAUGUACAUGGGGCAACACCAACAGCUUUGAAGACCAGACGUUAUUGAGCCCCAUGCUCUUUACACACUGCACACCACGCCGCAUCCCAAUUGAAGCUGUUGCCGGGAAUACCUUGCAGAUCUACUCCAUCAAAAUCUCGUUAACAAACAAAAUCAACUUCCCACUGGAUGUGUACGGAGUGGUCGCGGCCCGAGAUGCCGUGGACCAUUGUCGCAACCCUAUCUUCCUUCGUACAAGGAAUUCCUGCCAAACCCUCACAGAACAAGAUCCUUUCUUGCGAUUGACUGGCCCGGUUCGUGCAAUUGUGUCGAUGGAGACUGUUCACAUUGAAAUCCAACUAACAGUAAAGGGCGCAACAAAAUCUGAAGAUAGAGCAUUGAUUAGUACAUUCUACUUCUACAAUGGUGACAGUUCCCCGCAGGUAGCUGAAAACAGCUUUUGCACUGUGGAGUUAUGCAAUGAGCAACUUAAACAGUCGGUCCAAGCCACUAUCCUAAGCGUGUUUGUUAGAGCUGAAGCUGGAUCAUUGCCUUUCCCAAAUGGUGCCCGAGUUGUUUGCUCUUCACUACCUCAGGAUGUUGAUAAACAUAUUGCUGGGCCCUCAUCUAGGCAAGUUGUAGUUCUUGAUUUAAAAGGUGGAAUGGCUAAACCUGGCUACCUUGAUCUGACAAGGCAUGUAGUUUCUGUGGAAUUAAACGGACAGUUGAAAGUCCUCAUGGAGACCUUUUCGCCUUCGCAGUCUGUUGAAAGUACUCGUGUCCUCUUCAUCCCGCCCCGAAAAUGUAACAUAAGUAAACAUGAGGGCAACUUUGGUGGCUAUGAGGUGGAGAUUACUAUUGCUUGGUCCUUGAUUCCCUCGAAGAUGCUAUCCUGA